AUGACUUCUCCAAUAAUUCAAAAAGAUAUUGUGAUUGCAUGCAAGAUAGAAACAGUUAAAGCUUUUCUCGAGGAACUAAAUGGUGACUACUUUGCCUUACUAGUUGAUGAAUCUUUUACUAUUUCACGCAAGGAGCAAAUGGCUAUUGUAUUACGAUAUGUUGAUAGAAUGGGAUUUGUGAUGGUGCGACUUAUUGACAUUAUUCAUAUUCAAGAUACUAGUGCAUUAUCCUUGAAAGAGACAAUUAUUAAUUUACUUGCUCAACAUUCUUUGAGUCCAUCACGUGUGCGUGGACAAUGUUACGAUGGGGCAAGCAAUAUGCAAGUUCUUGAAUCACUUGCUCUUGAUGCACGAAGUAUGGAUGAAAGAGCCAAGGCAAUGGGACAUCUUGAAUCUUGUCAAACAUUUGAGGUUGCGUUCAUGUUGCAUUUGAUGAGAGAUGUAUUAGCAAUCACAAAUGAGCUCAAUAAAUGCUUACAAAGAAAGGAGCAAGAUGUUGCAAAUGCCAUGCUACUUGUUGAAGUAGCAAAGAAAAGGUUGCAAGUUUUAAGGGAUGAUGAAUGGAAUUCUCUUAUUGCUAAGCUCUUUAAGAUCACGGCGAAGACUUGCUCACUAUACACUCUUCAAGAGCUUAAUGAUCGUUUUAAUGAGGUAGCUACUGAUUUGCUCUAUGGAAUUGCUUGUUUGAAUCCAAUUAACUCGUUUUCAAGUUUUGACAGCAAAAAAAUAAUGAGGAUGGCUGAAUUAUAUCCAGAUGAUUUUGAUGAAUAUAAUAUGGAUACUCUUGAGAAUCAACUUGCAAGUUACAUUGUUGAUGUUCGUGAUGUUGAUGAAAGGUUCUCUGAUCUAAAUGGACUUUGUGAUCUUUCCAAAAGAUUAGUCCAAACAAAAAAGCAUUCAAAUUAUCCUCUGGUGUUCCGCUUAGUGAAACUUGCUCUACUUCUACCAGUUGCCAUUGCAUCCGUUGAAAGAGCUUUCUCGGCAAUGAAGUUUAUCAAGAAUGACUUGCGAAGUCAAAUGGGUGAUGACUUUUUUAGUGGUUGUUUGGUGCCUUUUGUAGAAAAAGAUGUAUUUGAUAGCAUUCCUAAUGAUGCUAUUAUUAAGACAUUUCAAGAUAUGAAACCUCGUAGAGAACAAUUGUAA